AUGAGUAGUUAAGAGGAAGAUAAUUAAUUCGAUCAAGAAUAUGAGCAAAACAAUUAACAAAUAGAUGAAUUCGAAUAAAGGUACAAGUAGAAUCAGACAUCUUCUGAGGAUGAAGAACAUUAUUAACACAAAAGCCAUUCGUAAAAUAGUAAGGUUGAAUAGUUGCCAUAAAUACAGUAUUAAUGAUCAUAUCGCAGUAGACCAUAAAAUAAAAUCGAAGCCAUUUAAAAGCAAUUAGAAUUUUAUAAGAAGCAGCCUCCCAAGACUUUGGCAGAAGAAUGUGAGGAUGUGAUAAAUUCAAAAAAUGAAACUUUAAAAGAUCGAAAGAUUCGGGAAUUAGUCUAGAAGAAUAGACAAUUAUUGCUUAGUUACGAGAAGGAAAAGCAAUCUAGAAAGAAACUUGAAGAAUAAGUAAAUAAAGCACUUAAAGAAACUGAUGAAGGAAUCAAGGCUUUGGAUAAAAGCAUACCAAAAGCUCCGAUUCCUAAAGCAGAUCCAUUGGCAAAAGCAUUGAAGGGAUCUGAAUCAUAGAAGGAAGAUCUUGGAGUAGCUGAUGAUUUUAAGAAUAAAUUCAAAGAAGCAGAUAAAAAAGUGUAGGAAUAGCGUGUAAAGUUACAACAGGUGAAAACAGAGUUGAAUAAAGCAAUGAGAAUAAUAUAAAGGGAAGUAGGUGAGAAUGUAAAUUUGGAUCAAUUAUUAAUGGAUGAAAAUGGUUGGAAGGGUAGAGCUUAAUAGAUAGAAAUCCUGAAAUCAAAAGUGAAAGACCUAAAUUCCAAGUUAGGAUCAUCUUCUUAAUAUUCAGAUGUUUCUUAGAUGUCUAGGUAAUCUAAAUCGGAGGCCAAGAAUAAUUCAGAUAAAUAAUAAUAUGAGCUUUUAAAAUCUUAGUUUGAAGCAGUUAAAUUGGAGAAUGAGAAUUUAUAACAGAAGAUAAAAGCAGUAUCAAGUAGGAGAUAAAUAUUGGAAGACCAAAUAAAAGAAGUUAAAGUGGAAUAUGAAAAGAAUAAGAAGGUAAUUUAGUGUAUAUCGAAUUUAGAUACUAUUGGAGAAGAGUGAGAAUGAUGACAAGUACAUAUUCGCAUUGAAAUCUGAAUUAGACAAGUUGAAGAAGAAUUAACCAUAAUAAGAAACCAAAAUAGUUUAUAAGCCAGCGGAUGAUGAGGAGACAAGAAAAUUACGAUAAGAGCUGAAGUAUUGUAAAGAGGAAAUUGGUCGUAAUGAGUAGAUGAUCAAAGAAUUAAUAGCAGAAGUAUUUAUACAAAUGAAUUUAGAAAGUCAAUAGGAGCAAAUAGGAAUUACCUUAGCAAUAAUAGUAAGAGAAAGCUCAGACCAAGCCAAUUCAAACAGAUGAGCGAGUGAAGAAGUUGGAGGAGGAAAUAAAAGUGUUAAAGAGAGAGAGGGAUGAAUUCUUUAAGACCUUGACUAAGGAUGUAGAAACUCAGAAGAUGAUAAAAGAUUUAACUAUGCAAAAUGUAAAAUUGAGAAAUAAGAUUGAUGAUUUAACUAAAAAAUGA